GAACCUGGGGACGAGUCGAGGUCAAGCACGGUAAACAAGCACGCUUCGAGCCAUCUCUGUCUUACAGUACAACUACGAACUUUUUCAUCCUUUUUAAAAUUCCCAUAGCUUUUAUUAACCUAGCCUUGUCCAAUUGUCAGCUAUGUCGUCUUUGCUUAAGCUAGGCUCUAGGAAGGGAAAACCUCAAGAUGGAAAACAGUGGCUUCAUAAUCCUGAAGCCCUCACACAGACAGCUGUGGUCUAUCCAGUGAAGUUUCUUGGUCUGACUGAAGUAACACAAGCCAAGGGAACAGAAGUGAUUAAAGAUGCUAUCACAAAAGUACAAUUUGCAAAUCAUCUCAAAGUAAGUGAAGCUGGUAAAAAAGGAAGCAAAUUGAAAAAAGUAGACUUGAAGAUAUCUGUUGAUUCUAUCAAAGUGGAUGACAUGAAAACAAAGGAAGAACUUUACUCUUAUCCUUUACAUCACAUUUCUUACUGUGCUGAUGACAAGAGAAGCAAGAAAAUGUUUGCUUUCAUAGCAAAGGACAAGAGUUCUCCUCAGCACACUUGCUAUGUUUUUGAAUGUGAAAAAAUUGCUGAGGAACUAACGUUGACAGUGGGUCAAGCUUUUGAUCUUGCCUAUCGACGUUAUCUUGAAAAUGUUGGAAGGCAGAAACUUCAGGCAGCUGAAACAGAGAAGGCAGGGUUGAAACAAAGGCUAUCGCAAUUAGAAGAAAGUCAACAGAGUAAUUCAGCACCAACACCUGYAGCAGAUAAGGCAAAUUCUUGGCAGAAUGUGUCCACUGAUCCCCCAGCAAAAAACAAGCAAGAUGACAUCAAUCUUUUUGGUGAGAUGCCAAGUGUCCCUGGAAUCCCUCCACCUCCCAAACAAACAAAGCCUGCUCAAGCUGGUUUCAUUGAUUUGUUUGAUCCUUUGGAAGAAGCCCUCCCUCCUUCAAAUGGAGAGUCUACAAAUACUCAACCACCAGCAGAAUUAUUCUCAGAUUUUCCAGCUCCUAGUGAGGGAAAUGGUAAUGGACCGUUUGACCAGCAAUCCUUUGCACCACAUGCCAUUUCAUCGCCAUUUGACGAAUCCCCAACCAAUUUGGACAAUGUCGCAAACCCCUUUAAUCAAAUGUUUGAUCAACCAAAAACCACCUCACCCACCACCACCACUACAUCCACUUUUGGUGAUAUUUUUGAUCCACUGGAUCAAUUCUCUUCUACACAAUCAAGUUCCACACCUGUCUUUGGUGAUAGCUUUGUGGAUAGUGCUCCCAAGCCUGCAAUGAGUAACGAGUCUGCUCCACCUCAACCAGUACAAAGGCCRAGACCAGCUCCCAGGACAGUAGGGGCUGUAUCAUUACCCCCUCCACCUUCGAAACAGAGCGUCAAGGCAGCAAAAUUAGCAGCUGCCUCUGGUGGUGCUGCGACUCCCCCURCACCAGUUGCUAAUAAUGAUGUUACGUCAAGUCAACCAAGUACAGAUCUUCUAAGUAUGGAAUCUACAACUCCUCCAAACCCGUUUGCGAGGGAUCCUGGCUUUGACCCUUUUGCUGACAGCUUUGAUCCUCUGGAGUCCAAUGUUGCUGCUUCAAACAACGUUAAUCCACUAGAUUUGCAGCAUGAAUUUUCAAAAGGAAUGAAGCUUGAUAGCAAUGAUUUGUUCUCUUAGUAACCAACAUCUACAAAAUGAGGUCUAGUUGGCCAUGCCAUGAGAGAGGUACAAAUAUUGGGAUGUUAGAGUAGAGUAGAGAAAAUAAUUAGCUUGUGGUCUUAACAUCACACCGAGAUUUUAUUUUUGAUAUUAGUGAUCAAAAAAUCAUAUUAUUAAAUAGAUGAAGAAGACUCAUAUAAAUCGACUGAUUGAAUGAGAGUCAAUAAAAUGAUAAUAUGAAUUAGAGAGGUAUUGUCCAAAAAAAAUCAUUUCUAAUUUACAAAAUAUUGAAUAGGAAUAAUUAUGAUUGAAAAAAUAAAAAUAAAUAUAAACCUU